AUGACUCCGGAAGAUUUACAAACUGUGAUGAAAAAUCCCCCUGUAAAUGUCGACGAUGCUAUAUUAGAUCGUGUCCAAGGAUCCAUGGUUGGUAUGGCCUUGGGUGAUGCACUCGGUGGGCAUGUCGAAUUUCGGCCUCGACAAUAUCUUCUUCAGCAUCCAGUGCGAGACCUUGUGGGUGGAGGAACAUGGGGUCUGAAAAAAGGACAGUUCACGGAUGACACCUCCAUGGCUCUUUGUUUGGCAAGUUCAUUGGUGAUUCAUCGUGAUUUUAUUCCCUACGAUCAAUUAGUUCGCUACAAGUGGUGGCACAAAUAUGGUUAUAUGUCCUCUACUGGACAAUGUUUUGAUAUCGGCACUGCCACCCGUCAGUCGUUGCGCGAAUUCGAACGUCGUCAACGAAAAUUUGCCGACACACAUCAAAUUCGUCUUGAACAUUUAGACCAUCUCUCAGACCCUCAUCUACUAGACCAAUUCGAUGUGUAUUGUAGUGAAGAUGGAGUAGCAGACGAAGUUACAAUGUCUUCAUCAGCCACAAUAUGGCUAAUAACUGUUGGUUGGUCUGAUGCAUCACUUGUUGAUUUUCUUGUUCGUUCAUCGUGUUCAUUAACAACAAAAUUAGAUAUUUAUCAUUGGUUUUUUACUCAUAUUAAUGAUAAAAUUCUUCAAUUUGAUUAUUCUCCAUUAGAUAAUAUUGAAGGUGAUUUAGAUUUAUCACAAAUUCUCAACAACGACAUUGAACAUGAAAAUUUAAAUAUAAAUCAUUUUGAAGAUUUUAUGGAAUUAAAGCUUGAUGAAAUUGAAUUAUUUAUGCGCGAAAAUGGUAGAGCACAUGGAAUGGUUGUUACUGUCGAUAAGGCUAAACAGCAAAAUUAUCAAAUUAUCAAUCUUGAUAAUGAUCCAACAUCAACCGUUUGGAAGGUAACAUAUAAUCCUCGCUUUUUAAAUUGUAUAUGUCAUAAAAACUUACCAAAUCUUUACGAUUUACAACGAACUACGAGAUCAAAUUAUUUAUGGCAAAUACAUACCAAACAAGAACAUGAAGUUUAUCAAUAUAUAUUCAAAAAUUUAAAUCUGUUUCACAUAGAUACUUUACCAGAUCUAAUGAAUAAAACACAAGAUGAUUUAAUUAAAUUGGUCGAAUUGCCUUUAGAACAAACAGAUUAUCAAAUUAUAAGUGAAAUGAUUAGUCUACAAUGUUGUCAUAGAAACAAUCAACAUGAACAUCAUCAUUCUGAACAACAAGUAUUUGUUAUUUUAGUGGAACCGGCAUUGAAUUUAUUAGAUAUUAUCGACAUAUAA